CAAAAGUAGUGCCAGUCUCUGGAACACCGGGAAAAAAUACCAUAAUUGCUGGGCCCUACAUCAGAUAGUUUGAGAACCACUAAUCUAUUGAACCUCCCACAAGCACCUUAAUAUUAAUCUAAUGUACUGGUACCUUAAUCAAACACUAGAUAAAGGUUACAGCACAAUGUUAAAUACAUUUUAGAAGUAAGUCUCAACCAAGUUCAAUACAGUUUGAUCCUGACAUAUUUGUCUGAUUGAAACCUAAUACAGUAAUACAAUAGAGUCUCGCUUAUCCAUUCUUCACUCAUACAAUGUUCUAUAUUAUGCAACACAGUCUGCUUCCCGCCCAGAUCCACAGCUGUUUCAAUACAUUGUGAUGUUUUGGUGCUAAAUUCAUAAAUACAGUAAUUACUACAUAACGUUACUGUGUAUUGAACUGCUUUUUCUCUUGGUUUGUUGUAAAACAUGAUGUUUUGGUGCUUAGUUUGUAAAAUCAUAACAUAAAUUGAAGUUUAAUAGGCUUUUCCUUAAUUUCUCCUUAUGAUCCAACAUUUUCGCUUAUCCAACGUUCUGCCAGUCCGUUUACAUUGGAUAAGCGAGACUCCACUGUAGUCCCAAAUAGAAUAGACCUGUUGAAGCAUGAGCUUAACAUUUAUGCAAAUCCCAUUUAAUUAGUUGGAACUUUAAUAUAAUUCAAACCAUCGUGUACUUUUGCAUGAAAGAAAAUCAUAUUUAUUUCAGAUGUUGCAACAGAAACCUGUUGCAGCUGACCAAUUACAUUCUAGUAAAUAAUGUGCUUGUAGGCAUGUGUUAAUAUGCUAUACUUGGAUGUCCUGUCUAUAAAAAGCUUGAAGUGAAAAUUGACCUUCAAUUCAUGUUGUACCUCCUGUGUGUAUGGCCACUGCCUGCUGGAAAAAGAGCAACCAGCCAACCGGCAUUCAGAUUCACCUUUUCCUCUCCCUGAAGAUGACUAAAGAAACUAUAUCUCUGUGUGCUCUGAACAAGACAUUAAACAGAGUGGAGAGCAAACUCCAAACUGUAGAGGCUCAAUUCAGUGCACUAGAUUCUAGCAUUCAAAAGUUAUCAGAGAAGUUUGGACUUUGGUGUACCGACUUGGACCAUCAGAUUGACCAGGAUGAAAUGUGGACAUCUCUGCUGGAAGACAGAUUCACAUCUGCGGAGGUAAACCUUUUCUACAGCUACAUCUGUGAAACUAUUCGUUGUUUACAUUCUCACGUAGUAAGGAGACUACCGGAUCUGGCAAGAGGGCUUCCUACUCUGUCAUCUAUUCUGAGGCGAAAAGGGAAAAACCCAAGAAUUAGGCUGGCAUUGGAGACAGCACUUGAGAAGCUGGGACUGCACGAAGGAGAAGUGAAAGCUCUCUGUGUAUUUUUCAUUACACAUAGUCAUGAUGCCUGCUACUAUCCUGCAAGACAAAGGGAAGGUUAUACCAAAGAUAUCUGCUCCAUGAUCAACAGUGUGGUCAAGAACCAGCUCCUUCAACGCAGCUUAUUGUGUGCUGUUCAAGUGGUGGAAAAUAGCAAAGACUGAAGAUGUUACCCACAAAUCUCCCAAAAGCAUUGCUGAAAUACAUAUCAUUGAAAAAUCUUCCCUUUACAUCUGGCUUACCAGGCACCCCGGAUUUUAAGGGACAGUCCCAUAUUUGACUAAAAUGUCCUGCAUCCUGUCACACUGUUUCCCAGGAUGUCUGUUGUCCCGCCUGUUUGAAUUUCAUUCUUUAUCAAAAUAUAUGUGACCUCAAACCUAAACACUAUUUUGAAUCCAAGUUUAAUAUCAUUUUACUCGUGUUAUUGUGCACCUUAUUUUCAGCUUUGACACCUGACAAUCCUGCUUCAAAUAUGUCCGCAACUGGGGAAAAUAGCACAGUCCUGCCUUACAAAGCUGUUGUGCAGUCAAAAAGAGAAAUGUAUAUGAUGCCCUUUGAAUCGCUAAAGCACCACAUUAUUAACUAAACAAUUCUCAUCUUCUCCACAUCUUUUCAGAUGUCUUCAAACAAUGUUACUAUGGGUCGCUGCCCAGGAAUUAUAUUAAACUUUUUGUUUAAUAGUUUCUACAUGAUAAAAGGUUAUAUUCUUAAAUAAAUUAUAAUUUAAAUGUU